AUGUUUACGUCAGCCGUCACAUCGGCGGCCACAUCGAUGUCGCGCGUCACGAAUGGAGUCACCAACAUGUUUUCUCGCAACGAUCAGUACCAGGAGCAUUCUGACUUGUUCAAUGACAGCGAGUCUUGGUCUAUCCCGGACGACAGGAAGAAUUCAUCUGGGGAGAGGGCCUUAGAUCCCUGGAGCCGGGACGAGGUAGCGCAAGUCAAAGCAAUGCUCGAUAGCGAGAUUCGCAAGGAGAAGCCAGCGGAGGUCUCAGAAGGCUGGGCACGGCAGCCGUCAGAGCGGUCAGCAGAGAAGAAGCGCAAUCGCCGUCCUCGCGACGAAACAGGUGGCGCGUUCGACUUUCCACAAGACUGGCUGACUCCGACGGCCAGCCCAGCUUUGAGGCCGGCUGAGCCGGCUGAUAUUUGGGCAUCCGUCGGGACCUCCACAUCACCGCAGCCCGCACCUGCCUGGCCGGCUGCGGCACCUGCGAAAGAUCUUAAGCUGCCGACGCCCAAGGAUCGCUCCGCACCGGGCAGGUCCCGCGCCGGUACAGACUCCAGCGCCAUUCGCAAUAGGCAGACCGCACCCAUGGCGCCAGCAGUUCAGUUUGAUGAGGCCAUUCUGGCCGCGCUGGCUGCCCUUCCGUCCCAGUCCUUGGUCGACGUCCUGCAGUGCAUCUCUUAG